AUGGCCCUCCCCCUAUCCGACCAAGUCAUCAUCAUCACCGGCGCAGCCAGCGGCGUUGGCCGCGCUGCAGCCCAGAAACUCGCCGCCCUAGGCGCAACCCUCUGCCUCUGCGACAUCAACACCCCAAACCUCCAAGAGACCCUGCAGAGCCUUUCUCCUGGAUCCUCGUUUCAAUCUCUCUCAGCUCAACAACAUACCACCUACACACUUGACGUAUCCUCCCCUGCCGCGUGCACCGCCACCGCCGAAACCAUCCGCACCCACCACACCCACAUAACGGGCCUUCGCAACUGCGCGGGCAUCAACCCCACCGCCCUCCCCCUCCCGGCCACCUCGGACACUUACAUCGCAACCCUCAUGUCCACCAAUCUCCUCGGCACCAUCUACAUGUCUCGCGCGUGCCUGCCCUACAUCCCACGCGGCGGCACAAUCAUUAACAUUGCCAGCGAUCUGGGCCUGCGCGGCGCCGACGGGAUGUCGAUCUACUGCGCGGCCAAGUUCGGCGUGGUGGGUUUCACGAAGGCGCUGGCGUUGGAGGUCGGGAGCGCCGGGGUCAGGGUGAAUGCUGUUGCGCCGGGCCCGGUGGAUACGCCGACGAUGUGGGGCAACGUGGUCGGGGAUAGCGGGUAUAAUGACAAGGUUAAGCAGAAGAUUGGGCUCGGGAGGCUGGGCAAGCCUGAGGAGGUGGCGAGUGUGGUGGGGUUCUUGUUCGGGGAGGAGGCUGGGUUUGUGAAUGGUGGAGUUUGGGAGGUUAAUGGGGGCUUGUGA